AUGAAUGACGAAGUUAAUAAAACUAAUGACAUCCAAAGUGAUAAAGAGAUUAAUGAAAGUGAAAUUGAAUAUGACCUUUACAUUGAUAGACAAUUUGUAUCAUGGCAAGAAGUAGCAUUAUUUCUUAAUGAUUAUUGUAUACAAAAGGGAUUUGGAUACAGAAAGGAUCGCUCAAAGAAAGAUAAUGAAAAUAGUGAAGAGAUUAUAAAGCGAACAUUUUUAUGUAAUCAUGCGGCUUAUGUCGUAACAACCUUCAUUGAUGAACACAAAGGAUACAUUCUUAACCUUCAAACAGUAAACUUUUUACCUCAAUUUCGAAAAUUAACUAAAGAAAUGUUAGCAGAUAUCCGUUUUUGGACACUUGAAGGAAAUGUUAAGGCAAGCAAGCAAUAUUGGAUGCUUACAAACAAUAUCAGCAACGUGUCAUUAAACAAGAUCUGUAUAAUGCAAUUUACAAAGUUUGACACGAAAAAGCUCCAGUGA